AGGGUAAAUUGCAGACAGAGCUCUGUGACUACUGUUCGGAUACGAAAAAGGAGGAUAUCUAAAUCGCAUCUAUAUAACAGCGCUGGGCCACCCGAUGCACCCAGGCCCAGUCAAGUAUAAGCUGCUGCAUGCAAGGGUGAAUCGCCUCAUUGGCGAUGUCCUUAGCACCAUUCUCCAUGAACAACUACACCAACUCUUGGGUUAUUACAUCUGUGGUGGGGACUACAAGAACGCCACUGAGAGCCAGAAGCAGCUAUGUUCCUAUCUGUAUGUACGCAAUGUCCAAUUAUUUGAGCAGGUGGAAUACCAGGGCAAGCGGCAUACCUACAGCAGCUACUGGGGACAUGGACCUGCAUUCCAAGUAUUGGGUCGACAGGUCGAGAGCAAUGCCUUCAACACGCUGGAAAUGCGGGAGCUCUACGAGACCUUUUCUCUCGGGUGGAUCAGUGCCUGUCAGUGUCCACAGGGUGAGGAGUUGUGCUGCUUAUCUACUGCUGCGAAGACUACCAGUACUCGAGCAUGCAGGAGGUUGUUCAGCAAGAAUUGGAUCGGAAAAGCCACCUGAAAAAGCCUGAUUCUCAGUCAAAGCCGAUCUGUUGUUGUGGGUCUUACACCUACAGCGCAAGUAUAUGUGACAGCAAGCUCAUUUUCCCUCUGAAUGGAGACUGGUUGACCACUAGGGCCUUGAUGGAGAUAAAUUGAAAGCGGGUCUCAGCAUGGUCUUUACUUAUCUGUAUUCUCAGAAGUAUACAAAAUAUCAUUUUCGAGAACGGAGUUUACUUAUUAAGAAG